GCGUGAUUGGCUGCCACUACUGCUUACGCGUCGCGCUUCCUCGUCUGCCCUCGUGUUCAGGGGAGUUCGCUCUCUUUUACUCUCGGCAGAGAAGAGGCGAUGGCGACGAUGGCAUCUCUCGGCGGCCUGGCACUACUCCUGCUGUCCGGCCUCUCCUGCUGCUCAGCAGAGGCCUGCAUGGAACCCCAGAUCACCCCUUCUUACUAUACCACUUCAGAUGCUGUCAUUUCCACAGAAACAGUCUUCAUUGUGGAGAUCUCCCUGACGUGCAAGAACAGGGUCCAGAACAUGGCUCUUUAUGCUGACGUCGGUGGAAAACAAUUCCCUGUCACCCGGGGCCAGGAUGUGGGGCGUUAUCAGGUGUCCUGGAGCCUGGACCACAAGAGCGCACAUGCAGGUACCUAUGAGGUCAGAUUCUUCGAUGAGGAGUCCUACAGCCUCCUAAGGAAGGCUCAGAGAAAUAACGAGGACAUUUCAAUCAUCCCGCCCCUAUUCACAGUCAGUGUGGACCAUCGGGGCACCUGGAAUGGGCCCUGGGUCUCCACUGAGGUGCUGGCCGCAGCAAUUGGCUUAGUGAUCUACUACCUGGCCUUCAGUGCAAAGAGCCACAUCCAGGCCUGAGGGCUGCAUCCUCAGCCCUCCCUUGCUUCUUUCAAUAAACAGUCACUGGCCAUCACGAACACAUUUGGAA